AUGCCAGGUCGGCUUUAUGUGGUGAAUGCGCCGGAGUCGCAUGUCAUUCGAUCAGAGAUGAUGGUGAACCACAGUGCAGCAAGAAUGAGAAGAAGGUCCGGGAUUCUAGGGCCCAGAGAAGAAGAUGGUAUACCCCGCGAGCCGCAGGCAUCCCCCGAUAGGCUUACAGCCAGUGAGGAUCUUGCAGUCAUUGACUACGUUACGCGAUGGAGGGAUCACGGGUUCCAUCUCAAGAAACAAGACAUGGUGUCACAAAUUGCCAGUGCUUAUCUCAAGCAUUGUGGCAACCCAGACAGCGGUAUCAGUCGCCAUCAUGGGAUAUUCGCUCGCAAUCAUGAAUUUCACGAGAAGUUCAAAAAUGACCGAAAAUUAGAAAAACAGCAACUGUCUAACAAGAAUCCCGAAGUCGAAGAUACUACGCUGUGCGAAUUCAUUAAGCUGUUCGCAGCCAUUCGAUCAAAGCAUGACAUCCAAGAUGAGCAAACCUAUGUUCUCUCGGAUACUGGAUAUGCCACUGCGAUUCAAAAAGAUAAGAGGCUUUUGAAUAUUCGCCGCCGGGGAUCUUCUGGAAACCGCGAAUUGGCGUCAGUCAUCUACUGUCAUCCGGCUUGUGGGAAGCCACUUUCACCGUACGUCAUUUUCAAGUCAUCCAAUGUUCGGGGACCGAAAAAGUACGACGGCCGAGUCACAAUAUCAUACAACACUACGGGUUGGGCUGAGACAACGCAUGCGCUGGAUUGGCUGAACAGUGUUUUCGAGAGGGAGACAAGUUCAUCUCUACGCCGCAACCGGGGUCAACGACGUGAUCAAAAUCAACAUCGUCUCUUGCUGAUUGAUGAAUCGUUUCCCGUAACACCUGAAUUCUUUGUGAACUGCUGGGAGAGAAAGGUCAUCUGUCUUUGCAUUCCCAAAAAAGGCAGUGAAUAUCUCAACCCCUUCGACAACGGAAUAAUUGAGGCUCUCGACAAGCUUUAUGCAGAGCAUAUGAAGAAACAGCUACGAGAGCACAUGACGCCACACCUACAAUUGCAAGGGCCAUACACCAUCUCAGCAUCGCAAUUCGCGACCUUUGUUGACCGUGAACUCAGUUAUCCCGACCGAGAGGAAGAAUCGAAGGGCGCAUGGUCUCAAGCCUGCUUAAUUCCUGCCGAUGGUGAUCGGCUGCUUAGCCGCCGCAAGGGUGAUCGAAUUCGCUCUCAAACUGUCGAGCCCAACACUCCGACACGUGCUUAUGGUCGUCACACAUAUCUCGAUACGAGCAGCGGGACAGAGAACACUAAUGCCGCUACUGAUGUCGAAGAGGCUUCCAUUGCUGCAUCCGUCAUUGUUCCCCAAGAUCAGUCACCUUCGCGGCAGUCACUGCAAGAGUCACAACCAAGGGAAACUCGCGGUGAGAUCUCACCAGAAUCAGAAACUUCUGAUAGCUCGGAAGAUAUCGAAGACUCGGAUGGUAUUGCGGAUAAAGUGGAGCAGGAUGAAUCCGAGCAAUCCAGCAGCGACGAAUCCUGCAAUAUCGCAGCUGUCACACCACGCCGAACCCCAAAGCAACCGAAGACGCCUAGAUCAUCUCCACCCCGAGCAUCCCCAACGGUAACCAGCUCGGUGAUCUCCAAUGAGACUUUCAGCAGGAUGUUUGAUAAGUACGAAGCAGCGUCGUCCAAGUCUAAGAAGCGGCUGCGGGAGGAGAUGGUGAUAGAAUAUGCCAAGUGCAUUUGGGAGCUUCAGAGAUGUGGGAUCAAGGUGCCACGGUCAUCUAAAAAAUCAAGGGCCCGUUGA